GUCAAUUUGCACCUAACUGCCAUGAAAGCUAAAUUUGUCUAUUACGCAUAAAGUUGUCACAAUUGCAAGCUAUUACGUUUCGAUACUUUUCUUUAUCGUACUGAUCCUACUGUUGUACCACAGUGUAGUUGGACAAAGAUCUUUCAUAGAUAUUGCAUGCCAUUAAUCUUACAAAGAUCAUAAUAAUUAUAGGAUCUUACAAUCAUGUUACGAUGAUUUUGCUGGGAUUUUGGCAAGCUUGCUAACCUAGGUUUAAUGAUUUAGGUCAUGGUUUAGCAAAUGUAGCUGUACCAGAUAAUUUGAAAAAUUCUACCAGUAUUUUGAAGGGAUCCGGAGAGAUUGCCUUCAUGAAACAACUACAGAAAUGGUUGGGAGAGAAAUGUAAAUGGACUCUUUGUUACAGAGCUUCCAGAGAUGGUUGGAGUGCCCAAGAUUUUCACAGACAUUGUGACAAUAAAGGACCGACAGUGGUUUUGGUGAAAGCCAAUGAUUGUAUUUUUGGAGGAUACACUGACCAACACUGGGAAUCUUCAGGUAUGCUAUGUAAGAAAAGAUUUAUAUAUUAACAUUUGCAUAAUUUAUGCGAGCUAUAUAUUUGUCCUGCAAACUGGUUUCAUUAAACUGUCCAUUUGUUACACGGGAAUUUCGUGCGUUCCAUAUGAACGCAUAAGGUGAUUGUCGUGAAAUUGAGUAUUGAGUAUAUGGUUCAAAAUCCGUCCAGUCUCAUGUGAACCGGGGACGAUUGUGUCAAAAUCAUCCCGAUCAUAUCCAAAAGUAAAUAUUAUAGUGACUAUUAAAUAUUUCAUUAAACUUUACUUAUUAAUAAAAUACAGAACAAUAGACACUCCGAAAAUUGUAAACAUUUUCAUUUACGUCUCGACUAUUAAUUUUAUAAGUCAUCUUCAGAAGAAAAAAUCAAAUAUUCAUCUUUCUAUUAUUUUGUGUUUUAUUAGAAUACUCUAUGGCAACCGUAAUUUUCAUUCAUUAUUCAUUAAUUUUGUUCAAUUUUAAGGUUGUGCUUGGAAACGUUCCAACUUGUCAUUUUUAUUUUCCCUGCGCAAUAAAGACAACCUUGCUCCAUUUAUUGCCAACAUCAAGCAAGGUAAGGAGCAAAAUGCAAUCUACUGUUCCUCUGGUGAUGGUCCAUUCUUUGGUGCAGAUUAUGAUGUGCGUAUUUGGAACAAUCCUCAAGUUAAUCAAUCAUGCAGCAAUUUUGGACACACAUACCAACUUCCCCCUGGUUAUGUCUAUAACAGUGAACAAGCAAAGAACCUUCUUGCUGGUCAGUACCAAUUCUUAACGACAGAAAUUGAAGUCUUCAACUGAAAACUGUCCUCAUUUACGAACGUUUUACUCAUAACGAGAAAUAGCAUUACAUUGAUCAUCCCACCGGUCUUAGCAAAGCGUUUUAGGCAGUGAUAUUGUAAUACUAUAAGGUAUCAAGAAUUAAUAUGAAUAUGUUAAACCAUGUAUAGGAAUCUUAAAAAUUGAAAUUGGUCAUAAACCUCACAGUAGCAGUUACUGGAGUCAACAAAUGAAAAUCGAAAAAAUAACAAUCAGUUUUUCACAGUGGUAAUACAUGACGUUAGCUGCGAUGUUACUCUGGUUCCAGGCGAGAAUGGAGAGCCUCUGCCUCUAGUCACAUCGAUUGCAAAUCCCACUUCCACACUUGAUUAGGUUCAGAAUUUGAAUCUCGCAUGUGAUUGGCCGUUUGUAUCAAACUGAUUAAUAUUGAUAUGUUUAUCUCCUGAGAAAUUUGAUACCUUUUGCACAGGAGUAAUAAUAGUCAUGCUUGGUUGAGUUUAAUUAAUUAAAGACCAUGUAAAGUCCGUUCUGCGCAUAUGUUCUGCGCGGGCCUACAUUCCAAUGUUCGGGACCCGACCAUUGGAAUGUUGUUUAAAAAUAUUUCGCACCUUGCGAACUUUCUUGAAUCGAAUCUCUCUAGUCUGUAUUCAUUUACAAGCAUAGCGAACUCAGAAGAGUGUUAA